AUGGCUCCAUUACCAAAGGAGAGAACCACGUUAUGUAGACCCUUUACGAAUACAGGGGUUGAUUUCGCUGGUCCCUUCGAAAUAAAAAGUUUCACCGGCCGAUACUGUAAAAUCACCAAGGGCUACGUAUGUCUUUUCAUUUGUUUUGCUACUAAGGCGAUUCACCUUGAAGCGGUUAGUGACUUGACCACCACUGCCUUUUUAGCAUCGUUGGCCCGCUUUAUUGCUCGUCGAGGUUGCCCUAGUUGUGUUUACUCAGAUAAUGGUCGAAAUUUUGUUGGUGCUUCGAAAGAAAUUGAUGCAAACUUCGAGAAGCAUAUAAAAGAUUUACGAGAUAUUGUCGUCGAGAAGUACGGUCAUCAAAGAUUGAAGUGGCACUUCAUUCCUGCUGCAGCUCCUCAUAUGGGUGGACUGUGGGAAGCAGGAGUAAAAAGCUUCAAGAUGCAUUUCAAAAAGAUGGCUGGUCAGCUUAAAUACACCUUUGAAGAGUUUUCCACUCUUUUAGCUACCAUAGAAGCUUGUCUGAACUCGCGUCCUCUUGGCCCUUUGUCAGAAAAUGUUGACGACUUAUCCGCUCUUACUCCUGCUCACUUUUUGAUUGGCUCCGCAAUGCUUACUCCAGUUGAACCUGAAGAACUCAACUCGCCAAUGAGUAUUAUAAAUCGUUGGCGCAAAGUGAAGGCUAUGCAACAAGACAUUUGUCGCAGAUGGAAAGAUGAAUAUUUGAAGGAGCUGCAUAAGCGCAAUAAAUGGAAAUUUCCGGAGAAAAAUCUAAAAGAAAAUGACUUAGUGGUUCUUAGAAGUGAACCUCUUUGCCCUACAGAAUGGCGACUGGGGCGUAUUAUUAAGAUAUAUCAUGUGCCAUGGCAGAAGAAACUUGGUUUAACACCAACUACGGUUGCCCCUUGUGUAACAGGCUCCAUGCUAUUCGCCAAUGUACGCGAUUUUUAG